AUGGCGCAUCGUGAGACCCCUCACGCGCAAUCGGGUGUGACAAUGUUUGCACCAGCAGCCGCCGCCACCUCUCACUACGACAACGACAUGAUACUCGACGCUUACUCUGAUACGAUCGGCAUCAGCCUAGUCAAGGGCCCGCCGUACGCCACGGAAGAAGUCUGGAAAGUCAUGCAAGCCACCAUCACCCGACUGUAUCAAAGCGAAGGCAGAUCGCUAAGGGAGGUGAAAGCCAUCAUGGAACGAGACCACUUCUUCUUUGCAACACACAAGUUUUUCGUCUGGUUCAGUCGCCGGGCUCUGAAUGGGCUAACAGUAGGCCCCCUCCGUAGAGAAAGAAUGUUUAAAUCCCGCAUCGUUCGAUGGGGCCUAGACAAGAAGCUCAAGGAGCCGGAAGUCCUGCACAUGCUAGAGCUUAAGCGAAAGCGCCAAGCGACGGGGAAGGACUCGCACUUCACCAUUGAAGAUCAGGACGUCGACUGGGACCGCGUGGAACAGUAUCUCAAGCGCAGACCCGACCUGCAUACCACUACUACUACCAAGCGAAAAUAUGCGCCGGGCAAGAGUACCACCACCUUGAAACGCAAAAUCACCUGCAGGACACCCUCGCCGUCUCCAAGCCAAAGUCCAGUGUUACACGCUUCCUCGUCCUCCUCCUCCUCCUCCGCAUCCCCCAUCAUCGCUACACCCAUCCCGCACCUCCUAACCCCGUCCCUAGACACAGACAUCCAGUCCGAUGUCCUCCUCCUCUUCAGCACAUACCACACCUCCGCCUUCCAAACGGGCACCUGGGUCCUCGACGACGCACACCUCUGCGAACACGACUUCAUACACGUCGUACAGACCCUCACCGAGAUAGGAAAAGUCCCAGGCCUGCUGCAACGGAACCAGGUCCCCACCGGCCUACGCACCCUCCGCCGCGCGCUGGCAUCCCUGCGACACGUCCUCCUGAUCCGCGAGCCGCGGUUCUACUACUCCAUGCUCGUGAAUAUCCUCACGUUACAGGGGAAUGCCCAGGUGUUGGAGUACUCUAUCCGGUAUAUCCACGCCAUCCAUAGCGAGAUUCUAGGCGAGAGGCACCCGUUGAGUGUGGUGUGGUCUAAACUCAGAGACCUCCCGCAAGAGAUCCGCCUUGAGACGUUGAGGAGCGUAUUUGCUGUUAUAUGUCUGCAAUUCGAGACUGAGGCUGUGUUCAAUAGCGAGCAUGCCCUCGAUGUUCUCAUCAUGCGCUGUUCUCUGCUCCGGCUUCUCGGCAACGUGGACGGGGACGAGUUCCGCGCUGUCAUCAGGGGUUACACCGCCGCCGCGACAGAGGCCCUGAGACAAGACAACUAUGAGUUAUCAUGCAGGAUCUUACUGGGUGUGGCGACUGCCCUGCUCGAUGCCGGUGACAUUGAACAGGCGGAGGGGACAUUGCACCAGAUCGGGUCCACGAUCAGGAUCCAAUCUCAAAUGGCUGCGCGUAAUAAGAAUACUACCAAUAGGAAGCAGCAGAAAGAGGAUGACAAACAGAAAUGGUCCCAGACUCAGCAAGCUGACCGCUGCUCCACGAGCUCGCUAUGCUCACACGCGACAAAUCACAGUCAGGGUAAAGGAGCCAGCGAGACGAGGACAAUCUAUGGGUACUAUAAGGGGCUAUGGGAGCCGUGGAGCAAAUGGUCUUCCACGGUGGUGAAGAGGGUUCUUGAUACGCAUCGCCGAGCGCGAGAAAGAGAUGUAUGGGCUGCGAGGCUGUGGGCAGACGUUUUGCUCUCUGUGAGGUGA